UGACGUCAGGGCGGGUGACGCGAAGGGGGGGGGGACGGUGUGGUGACGUCACGCGCAGGAAGUGAAGCGCGCGCCGCGCCCCGUGGAGCCGAGAGUAGCAAGGCCGGAGGCGACAACAACUCAACAACAACAACUCAACUCUGAGACUCCUACAGCAACUCCUCGACUACUACUAACAACGUACAACUACUGUCUCAUUACUACUGAGGUACGCUGGAGUGAGCAAGGCUGAGAACCCCCCGCUGCUGCUGCCUUUUUCAAGGCCCCAUGAGCCUCGGCUGCUGCCUCCAGUGAGCCACGACUUCACGUGUGGAGGAGGAGGCGGAGGACGAGGAGGAGAUGGCAACUGUCGGGGAGGGAGGAAGGGAGCCAGGGCUGACGAGGCAGGAGAGCGUCAACUCUGCAGCCCGGCCGCUGGAGCUGUGUGUCUACUUGGCGGAUGACAUGCCGGUGCCACUAGUUGUUGAGAAUGGCGCAGGUGUCACGGCUGGGGAGCUGUGCCACUACCUGCAGGAGGCACACGGUCUCCCAACCCUCGCCAACGACGUCUUCGCUCUGUGGCUCAUAUCGUCACGGCUCGAACUGCAGCUGAAGCCACGCCACCAGCCGUACCGCCUGUGCCGUCAGUGGCCAGACCUCCUCUACCGCUUCACCGACUGCCCCCUGAGUCACAUCCAUGACGAUGUGCCGGCUCUCAUCUACCGCAGGAACGUGUUUUUUCCCAAGAGCCGAGAAGCCGAGGUAAAGGCCACUCAACCCAUGGUGACAAACACUGAGAUGUUGGGGUUGCUGUACCGCGAGGCGAAGGGCAACGUGCUGGCCGAGCGCUACCCAUGUGACCCGGCUGUGCUUACGCAGCUGGGCGUUCUCACCUGCGCCAUCGAGCUGGGCCCUCACGACCCCGCUCAGCACACCGCCGCCCGCAUCAAAACGUCGUUAAGCGAGUACCUGCCCCCCCACAUGUGCAAGUCCGGCGGGGUGAGUGGAGGGGGGCUGCUCUCGGGGCUGCUGUCUCGGGGGACAUCGGGGGGGGGCAGCCGCCCCCCAGCACGGGAGCUAGUGCUGCUGCAGGGCUACGAGAAUCUGUGCAGGGAACAGGGCGCAGAGGCCUGCACCCAGCGAACACCCCUGUUCACGCAGUACCUGCACAUCUGCCAGCAGCUGCCCUACUACGGGUGUGCGUUCUUCUCUGGCGAGGUUGAGCGGCCCGCAGGAGGUGGGAUGCUCCGCCUGGUGGGAGCCGGCCGUAAGCCUGUGCUGGUCGCUAUUUCCCUCGAAGGCAUCUACAUCAUUGACGUCAAGGAGAAGCAUGUGCUGCUGGGCCUGCGCCACACGGAGCUGUCGUGGGACGUGACGGGGCCCGACGAGGAGCACCCGGAUGACGCCCACGCGCUCUGGCUCGAGUUUGACGGCACCGAAGAUGGAGCUGCCGUCAACCGCCUCCUCAAGGUCUACUCCAAACAGGCUGAGCUGAUGAACGGGAUGAUCGAGCACUGCAUGGAGCUGAGCCACACGACCCCUGCCACCCCCUUGAAUUCGGUGGCCCCCGUGACCCCUGUGACCUCUAGCGAUCCCGAGGAGCCCGGUGUCAUUACGGGCCCCUCCUCGGAAGGAGGGGCUCCCAACACCGCCAGUACCGAGGCAGGGGCCAGGGGGCGCAGGCGUAGGGGGAAACUGCAGCGGCAAGAGAGCGUGCUGGACAGUCGGGUGGAGCAGCUGUCCACCAUCUCAUAUGUGGACGACGGGAAGGAACUGCGGCGCGUGAAGCCACGCCGCGCCGCUUCUUUCUUCUCGCGCCAGCCCAGCAUCUCUGGCAAGGCCUAUGCCACCGUGGCGGCCACGGACGGCACCGGCGACGGGGCUCCCUAGCGCCUCCCUCCCACGCCCGGCGUGGCCCCCCCCCUCUCCCCCUCCCCAACUUCGCACACCGGUGGACGUCGGGGACAACGGUCACGAAUGGGCACAGCUUGCCUUGAUAAGACGGGAGCCGCCGGCUCCACCUGCAACACCGGCUGAUAAUGGCAACGACAAUCGCACGCGGCGAGGCGCGCGUUUCCACACGCGUGCCGGCGCCAUCGCCACUACCGCCACAGCUAGCUCGACCGCCUCCAACGCCGCCGCCACUGUGCUGCUGGGCUCAUCCCGGGAUGGGGGCCGCGGUGAUUGAUGGGCCAUGGUGGCAGCGUUUACGAUGCGUGGCGCAAUGCUUAACGUGGCAGCAGCAACACGAGACCAAUUAAUUGAAUGUUUACACAGCGCAGCGACUGUCUGGACGAUGACACUCCCUCCGACCGCGGACGGCCGGGCCCCAGCACGGCGUCCCUCCUGCGCCCCUCCCUCCCCCCCACCCCUCAGCGCGUCCACGCGUGAACAAUCGGCCGCCCGCCCCCCCCAGUGUUAGCACUCGUUGUUUUUUACGCGUUUUGAGUAAAACUUUUGAGCAGU